AUGGCCAGUUCAGUUUCGAUUUUGCUAUGGCUAGCGAGUACGUCACGGUUACAUAGCCUUUCACAAAGUCGUUUUUGGCCAGCACUCGGUAAACAAAAGCAUGUGACGGCGUGAGGCGUUGAUGCGCGUUGGCAGUUCGCUUAUAUUUUAGGUUUCCUCAGUUAUUUCCCAGUAUACUUUGCAAUAAUGAUCAGAGCAAUCUUAAUAUUUAACCAAUAUGGAAAGAUCAGGUUGACAAAAUUCUACGAACAUUUCCAUGAAGAGGAGCAACAGCACAUUAUACGUGAGGUUUUUCAACUUGUUUCCAGGCGAGCAGACGACGUUUGCAACUUCCUUGAAGGUGGAGAUCUCGUUAAAAAUUCUGACUACAAGAUUAUCUACCGUCGCUACGCCACUCUGUUCAUAGUAUUCUGUGCUGACUCCAGCGAGAGUGAGCUGGGCAUCUUGGAUUUGAUUCAGGUCCUGGUAGAGCUGCUCGAUAAGGCCUUUGAAAACGUCUGCGAGCUUGACCUCGUGUUUCAUGUGGACCAGGUGCACUACAUCUUGAACGAGCUUGUGAUGGGAGGUAUGGUGGUCGACACCAACAUGACUGAACUCAUGACUCGUGUCACGGAUCAGGCAACCAUUGAGAAGCAGGAAGGUGGUAUCGCUAAAAACACUGUCAAGGCCAUCACAGCUGUCAAGAACGUCAACCUGUCUCGGCACAUCAAGGACAUGAAGCUUCCAGAUUUUGCAACUCUUAGUCAUGUAAAGCUUUAAGGGUCCCUGGCAUGCGGUGCAUGUGUUUUGCAUGCCAACAUUAUGCCAAUGCAAGUGUUUAUGUUUGCAUGCCGACGUUACGCUAAUUUUUGUACACCUUCCAGCUUUUUUAUUGGUAAAAUUGUGUACUCGUAAGUAAUGUGUCCAGCUUUGGUGGGUGGUGUUAUUGUCGGUACUUAAUACUAUUGGUCAUUGUAUACGUGAUGAAACUUGCUACUUUGCCAUGGGGCAUAAGUGCCGAAAUUUGUGAGAUUUCUUUUGUCUAGUUAAUUGACCAAGUACUCAGGCCUUCUAGCGCCGUUUUUUAGCAAGUAGUUCCCACUGUAUGGAGUGAACGCCAGCAAUUAUAAGCUUUGGCUAGAAACUUUUACUACUACUUCAACAAAACAUGUUGACUUUCGCAGAUACACCGCUUUCACAACUACAACAGGUGUGCCUGGGCUUCUUGCCCUUCUGAUGUAAAAACAAGCUGCUAAUGCUCUGUUACCAUGAAAAAAAUGUGAAAUACUGUUUGCAGCAUUUCCAGGUAGUCAAAAGUGAAAAUGCUUCUCCUAACUCACCUCGUACUUGCCAACGGGCCUUGUCUUGAGACUGUUUCUUGAUUCCAGUGAGUGCAGAACACUGCUUCCUUUCAGAUAAAGUAUAUACUGCAGCCAAUUUUCUUCACAUAUUUUAUUUAAUUACCAUAAGGGUUCAGGUGAGCACUACAUAGAGGAGUUAAAACACACUACAGAAUGAUUCUCACAUGCAAAUGUGUAGACUUUGAAAAGUAUGAGCAUUUCAAGUGGGAGGGGCAUUCUGAAAGUAUGGUUAGUAAUUUAUUUCCACACGGAAACUUUAUUACCACAAAAAAUACACCAUGGCAUCAUGAACUAAACACCCUGCACUCUUUUUCCACAUAGUGAUAACUGACAGUGAGACAUUUGUCGUAGUGUGCAAUCAGUUUGAAGAAACCACUCUGGUAAAACUACGUGCCCUGUGAUUCGAGGAAUUGUUGUACAGCCUGCUCCACCUCAGCAUUGUUUAAGAAAUGAUGUCGCCAGAGCGCGGCUUUCAGUGCAGGGAACAGGUGCUCAUUUAUAACCAAUAACAGCACGCACUUCCAUUGGUGACCACGUUGUCAGUGCACAUCUGUCUGCCAUCGCGAUUUGUACUCAAAUACCCUUGGGCACACCAGUCUGCUGCUACUCUCUCUUCUUUGGUGAUCUGCGCAUGCCUCAAUUUUCCUCCACUGACCCUCGUUCAGUCACCAGCAACAGGCGUGGAUUCUUAUGGCGAUUGCUUGUUUCACCUCGUGUACCGCCUCCUCCUUAAAAAAAGAAAAUAAUGAUGAAACAUAUUUUCGGAACAUCCUUCGUAGUACUGGGUAAAGUAAAAAUAGAAGUGUGACACAAGCACAAAAAUGCCAACACAGAACUUGGAGCAAGAGUGUUGAUAGAGGUAAUCGAAAGGCAGAUGAACGUGCUGGCACUGGGGCAUUGGCUAGAGACUGUAAAUCAAGUUGCGGAGUUUGUGCACUUCUGCAUCCCUGCACAGCGCAGGGCUUGACUUACAGCUGUGAAAGGUUAAUCUGACAGGUUAUACAAUCGACUCUUGUUACAACGGAUCCUUAUAAACUGACAGAAAGUGUCCAUUUUAUCUGAAGUCCAUAAUAUCUGAAGCGUCUCACUUCUGAAACUUUGGUCUCGAUUGCAACGUUAUUGCAAAGAGUGAGUGAGAAACGAUCGCCCGAAAGGCAAAGCCUUGAUUGCGAUAGCAAAUUAGUAAACUGCUCUGCGAAGUAAGUAUAGUAGUUUUAUCGGCCGUAUAAGGCGUAAAAAUAAGCUUACAAACUAAAUUAACAAUCACGGUGUCAUGCGCGCACAGGUAAACACAAAUACAUCUCGCCCAAUGACUGUGAAAAGUCGCUGUCAACACGGAGUGAGGAAGCGUGGCUGCAGCAGUGAGCGAAUUGACCUUUGUCCUGUCUCUCGCUUCAAUGCGAACUAAACGUUGAAAGCACAGAGCAUAUAAAGCUACCAACAAUGGGGGCACUUGGUACACAUUGCAGAUCUCUUUCAAGAUACGGUGCCCAUGAGAGCAAGCCGUAAGCAGCAGCCACCGGAGUAGAAGCCCCCCCCCCCACCAGGCAUGUAAUAUUGAGCCAUGAUCAUCAGCUGAUCCUUGCAAAUCAGUUGUCAGCCCAUGUUGACAGGGCAAAAGUAUGUUUUAUACGCCUGAUUUUGAAAAAGAAAUUGCCGCUAAUUUCAUCUAAUUUAGCCAAUAGUCUAUUGUAGCACACUCCUUUAAGAGUGAACUUCAUUGCAUUAAUAAAAUAAGUAGAACAAACUAAGGCUGAAAUAUUGUCCGUUAUAUCUGAAAGUCUAUUGGGAAUUGGUUGUUUUUAACGAGUGUAGAGUGUAUAUUUAUUCACGCCCUCAGUCCAUGUGGUCGGUACACAUCUUGGCACAGAAUAGCAGGCUGGAGGAGUCAACCUCAGGUUGACCUUUCUGCUAUAUUUUUAAUGAACUUCUCUCUGUCCAAGAGUACCUGGUUACAGAAUCUUGGCCCAGUAAUUGCAACAGAACAUGUUAAUGAGUAUCAACCACAUCAGCUGAGAGCAGCACGCCUCUUUAUAGUCAAGGUAGAGUGUUGAGCAUUGGAAUCAGGAUAAAAGACUAAGUGACAUCAGGGAUGCGUUGAAUGUAAACUUCCACAUGAUGGGGUUAUGUUUUUUCCCUAUGACUCCUCUAAUAGUAGGAUGAUCGAUUACGGUAACCAAUAGUUCUUGAUUACCGUCCAAAGUUUGGAAACUGUGCCUUGGGAGUGCUGGGUAAAAACAGCCUCUUUCCAUUUCCUGGCUUACUCGCCUGCGAAGUUUGCCCCAAGGGUUGCCACAUGGCCAGCUACUACCCUGAGACAUGCUAUAGCCUCCAAGAUUGGCACCCACCAUUUGACUAACUCAUAUCUGUUCACUCUCACGAGGUGUUGCUGCAGCCAUGGCAGAUUUUGGGUAGAAUGUCUCAAUGUGCUUUCUUACCCCUGUACUUUAUUCGAGCAAAGCAGAGGAUCGGUGUACCCACAGGUGAUGUCCCCGGCCAAUUUACGGCUUGGGAGGGCACAGACAAUCUCAGAGACAAUGUUGCACACGAGCUCUCUCCAUUUUCUUCUGUGUUGUGGUAGCAUGUGCAACACACUUUACGAGCGUGCAUAGCAGGCUAUAGAAAAGGACCAUGUGUACUGCCUGUAUCUUAACCUGAUGACACUAACCUAGAAGCUAGAAAUUGAAAAGAAUUUAUUGUGGUACAUCAGUUCAUGUUAGCCAAAGACAGGAACCUGCCAUGGUGGCUUAGUGGCUGUGGUGUUGUGCUGCUAAGCAGGAGGGUGGGGGAACAAAUCCUGGCCGUAGUGGCCUCAUUUUGAUGGGGGCAAAAUGCAAAAAUGCCUUUGUGCCAUGCAUUGGGUGCACAUUAAAGAGCUCCAAGUGGUGAAAAUUCUCUGCUAUUGUGUGCCUCCCCCACUAUGGUGUGCCUCAUGAUCAGAUCAUGGUUUGCGCACGUAGAACCGCAGAAUUUAAUUUAUUGGAGAGAGUUGAGAAUGUACUGGGAUAUCAGUGCCACUGCUAGGGUCAAGGCCAAAGUGAUCUCGGGACAUUGCAAUUUUCAUUUUAACUUUGCUCUGUUUGUACUGAUAGUAUAUUACUUGAUUUCAUAUGUCUUGUUUGUUUUGUUUUUCAUACAUGUCAUAACAAAUUCCAUAGGCAUGAGAUUCUUUCUUGACAAGUUGUUUGUGGAAGACUACAUACUCAUCUUGGAGCUGGUUGGCAUGUUAUUGAAGUGCAAAUUAGCAACACAUUGAAGUAUACAGACACAACAGUGCCUAACGGCCACUCCUGUCAAAAUCAUGUCUUGGCAGCAACAUGUGGGAAGCAUGAACCAAACCUUUUGUUCAGCUAACUACCCCACCUAUUAGGAAAGUUUCUCUUACUGGCAUGCUCAUAUUUUCACUGCUGCUUGAUAUCGCGGUUUUCUUGGAAACUAUUCUUGUAAUGCUCAAACUACGUUCUAGAUGGAUGGGCUAUGAGGAGUGAAUUAAUUAUGAUGACAGUUCAUGCUCAGGAUACGAUUGCCCUAGCCUAGCAGUCUGGCAUAAUGCAGCACCAACAUUCUGAGCAUUCACAAGACCCGAAUGCAAUAUAUCACAUCUUUCUUUCUCACUGCUGUACAUUAAGAAAACUUUAAAGAGCUCCAUGCACUUGUUUACAGUGGGAGGCACGUCCAACCUAACAAGGACACGAGCUCACAGCAAACAUUGGGAUUUUGCAGCAUAUAUUUGUGUACUUGCUGAUGAUGCCAGUAGUUAUUGACAGAUAGUGUAGAUAAUGUCAGAUAUCCACUUGCAUGUUGCUGUUAAGAUAUGAGCUGUGUACUUGCGGUGACUUAAGCUGCAUUACUUCAUAGUAUUUUCACAUGUUGUUCAAGCAUAAUAUUGUCCUCCAUUUGGGCGUUGCCAUAUGCUGGACGUUUUGUUGUUGACAUGUAAAGACCAAGCAAGUUGGCACUCGAACAAAAGAGCAGCAUACUCUUAAACAUUGUGCACACUUUAGAAUGUAAUCUUACCGUAGGCAAACAUUGUCAGUUGUAUGCAGUUCCGCGCUUGAGCACAAACAUGAAUCAUAACGGGAAAAUGCCGUGCUUGCAGUGCUAAAUGAGAGAGGGACUUGCAUGAUUGAGGACAAUCUUUUAGUUGAAUUUCAAUAUAAUGAACAUGGAUAUAACAAAUUGUUGAAUAUAAUGCAGUAAAAAAUCUUUACAGAAAUGCUUAUAACGAAUAUCAGAUAUAACGAAGAUAUUUUUGUCAGAUGCGACUUCGUUAUGAUGAGGUCCAGCUCUAUUGCAGAAUUGUGCCCUAAAUCGUCUGUGGUUAAAAAAUGCAUAUGAGCACAUAAGAAGUUUAUGCUGUUGAUAUAGCUGAUGCUGAAUGAAUGUUUCAUCAGUUUGGUUUUCAUCAUCAGACACUGUCAGCGCACAAGGUCUACAUAUAGAAGUGAUUGGUCAGCAGGCCACACAAUACAAAGUGAAGUGUGAAGAAAGUAUAUUAUUGUGUGCAAUUGUAACACUGCUUGAUUACUUUUAUACUUACCGCCAUGACUUAUCUGGAGUGUUCCAAUGUUCCUAUGCCAAAGAGCAUACUAAGUCACAAAAUACUGUGGUUCCUGUGUUGUCAACAUGUUAGUACUUGCUAAUAAUAUUUUUACUUAUUCAGAAUACUCCUUGCAUACUUUGCUCAAUAACCACGUUAAAGAAAGAGGUUUACUUGUUUUUCUCAAUUGUAUGGAAGAUGUAUUUUUGAAGUGCUGUUUAUUUACACUUCUUGAUAUUCUAAAUAAAGCCAUCCUUUUCUAUUAACAAA